UUUAGGAAGCAUGAAUUUAUGUCAAAAUUUUAGGAAGCAUAAAUUUAUGUCAAAAUCAAUAGUAGUCACAUAUUGAGCCCAAAAUAGUAGUCUUUUAUGAUUUUAUGAACUAGCUUUGUUUGGUAAAGCUGCGCAAAGGAUACCAUGGAAGUGGAUAGCGAUAUAAUGUCAGAAGGUGUCAGCAACAGCCCUCCAGAAAACUCCUGCAGCAUUUCAAGUUCAAGCUCCGCAAUUUCUCAGACUGAACGAAAGCUUGAUCCUUCUGUUUACAAUCCCAAUGGCCUACCGGAAUACCUCUCAGUUUAUUACAAGCGGUUAUUCCCGUACGGGUUAUUUUAUCGCUGGCUUAAUUAUGGACACACGAGUGUCGACGAGAAGGACGAUCGCGAGUUCUUCGCUAAGCGCGAAUUCUGUUUCACUUUGAAGGAUGAUGUGUAUAUUCGAUACAAUUCUUUCUACAAUCAGAAAGAGAUGGAAGCAGCGGUCAUCAAGCAUAUGCCGUACAAAAUCGACAUUGGACCUGUAUAUUCAUCGAGGGUGGAAAAAGAAAAGCUGAAUUCCGUUUCUGCGGUGCAGCGUGAGUUAAUCUUUGAUAUCGAUAUGACGGAUUACGACGAAGUGAGAGUUUGCUGUUCGGGAGCGGAUAUCUGUCCAAAAUGUUGGCCGCUGAUGGCGCUCGCGGUCAAAGUAAUCCACCGUGCACUUACUGAUGAUUUUGGUUUCCAGCAUAUUCUGUGGGUGUAUUCUGGGCGGCGUGGAGUGCACUGUUGGGUGUGCGAUCACAAAGCACGCUUUCUGUCUGUGGCUGGCCGGCAAGCCAUUAUCGGGUACAUCUCGCUUAUCCAGCAUGGGAAAAUUGGUAGAGCACGUUCAGCCUACAUUAGCGACUUUGACCGAAAUCAUUUUGCCACACAGAAAGCCCUGAAAUUUGUCCAGGAGUUUUUUGUUAAACAUAUUGUAAAUGGACAAGGUGUCAUGGAAUCAGAGAAGGGCUUGGAGAAGAUUUACAGUAUGCUGGAGGACCCGGCGUUGGUUGCCAAUGUGAAGAAAGCCAUCGAGCACGUUUCUGGUAACAGGCAGCGCUGGGAUAAAGUGUGCCACGAGGUGGAGAAGUUUGCCGCAAAUGCUUCGAAGUACAACAAUGUAAUCCUAGAGAUGCAGGUGCAGUUUUGUUAUCCUCGCCUGGAUAUCAACGUAUCCAACAGUCUUAAUCAUCUACUGAAAAGUCCGUACUCUGUUCAUCCCAAAACAGGUCGCGUGUGUGUGGCAUUCAAUCCGGACACGGUUGACAACUUUGAUCCUUUCCGAGCCCCAACAGUAAGUCAGCUGGUCGAGGAAAUCAAUCAGUUUAAUGCGUCCCAGCGGACGACUGAAGAAGUUAGUGCCGGUGCGAUCUCAUCUCAGAAUAUUGCGGAUUGGAAGAAGACUAGCCUGAAGGAAAGUUUGACUGUGUUUGAAUACUUUGUUAAAAAAAUGGAAAUUGUUUGGAGAAAAGACAGACGUGCGCUUUCCGAUCGGACAAUGGAAUUUUGAUAGUGGUUUGUUUUUUCAUCAUCAGCAAUCUUGUUUUUUUAUUUUCCCGUUGUAAAUAGGUCCACCGGGCUACGACACAUUAAAUGUUUGAAAACACUGAACGGGAUGGAUUACCCUUAUAGGUAUUACUCAGAAUGCUUUUCCAGGUGAUCAGCUUAUGAAAAUCUUAAGGAAUGGUUUUGCUACUGUCAGUUAUCAGAGCACUCGAGAUAAGGAAGAAC